AUGACGGAGACGAUGGUUGUGAACAUAGAUGGCUUCUCAAACUUCCUGGGCCUUUCCAACAAAAACGGUCCAACAGGUCUAACCCCUCGACCAAACCGAAAUGCCGAAUUAAACCGGCUUCACCAUAACGGUGCGGAGAAAGAAAAGACAUUUGCUUGCACUCACUCUCCUCUCAGUACCGAAAUCGUCAAAUCUCGCUCAGGAUUUCGAGGGUUUGUGUUCGAUUUUGCUGUUAGGAUUUGUGUUACGGGUCGUUUCCAGAAGAGCCCUUUAGACCCAUUUAAUAGGGUCGCUAAUGCUUUAAAGGUUCCUGCUUUUCUCCUAAGAGAUGAUAAUCCAUACCAAAGUGAUGCUCAUGGGUCGAGACUCGAGAACAAUAUCAUGGGAACAUUGGGAAAUUUUCUCUUAAAGAAUGGAGUAUUGUGGAAAGGUUUCAAGGGAUCAGCAAUCUUUGGUCUUGGAUUCUACACACAUGUUGCUUUAACACCUGAUUUAACAAGCAUGUGUAAAGAAUCCAGUAAGGUUUUGGCUGAUUGCAAAAGCAAGAUUAAAGAGGCAAAACAGUUGGUGGCCGAAGCCAGUUCCUUAAAAGAGUUCUGUAAGGCUCGAGUGGUUGAGUUGGAAGAGACUAAAAAAGCCGAGGGACGAUAUACGACGGAAUCGGGUUAUGAAUCGAUGGAAGAAACUGUGGGGAGUUACUAA